AUGUCAACCCAAGUUCUAGUCGGUGGAGCCAUCGCAGCCACAGCUGCGAUGUUCUUCCAUCAAAAGGACUGCCAGGUAGCCACUAAUGCGAAAAGCCAUAUUCGCUGGAACGCAGGCAAUAUACGGGACGGAAUGCGCGACGACUUGGUCAGCUUCAAGGAUGCUUUGAUUAACACGAUCACCUUCAGAGGAUCACGUGACUACAGAGGAGGGUAUGGAAGCAACAGCUACGGAAGCAACAGCUACGGAAGCAACAGUUACGGAGGGGGCAGUUACGGAAACAAUGCUCCUGCGUAUUCGAGCAGUUCCAUCUCCUACCCUAAUGGCGGUUCCUACUCUACAGGUGGCAGCAGCGCUUAUAACAGAGGCAGCAACAUCGUUGGUGACGUUGCAAACGGCGCUAGCAAUGUUGCAGGCAACAUUGCUAGCGGUGCAAGUAACCUGGCCAGCGGUGCUAGCAAUGUUGCAGGCAACAUUGCCAGCGGUGCAAGUAACCUUGCAAGCAGUGCCGUCAACGCUGGUGGCGCAGCCACAGGCGCCAUUGGCAAUAAGGUGGGCGAACUCAAACAAGCUGGUUCCGACCUGACGCGCGACGCUUCCGAAAAGAUUCAGUCCUCCUUUUCCAACGCAAAGCGAACUGCCAACAGCGUCACAAAAGAAGCUUCCGACAAGACCCAAUCAAUCUUCAAUUGGGGCUCCAACGACUCAGAAAAGCUCAAAGCCUUAGCUAUCGGCGACUUUGACAGAGCGAACAAGAAUUACCAAGAUGUGCUCGAGCUCCUCAACAAAUCCAAAAAGGGACUCUUUUCCAAAGGCGAUGAGCACUUGAAAAGACAAUUGGACCUCGCGCAGCAGCAGCUCAACGAAGCAAGACAGAGGCUGCACGAUGCCUCCAGGGAUUUCGAACGCUACGCAAAACAAAACAUCAACGAUAUCUCCCAUAAACUAGAGGCCGAAGACGAAGCACUAAGAAACAGAGGCUUCCUCAGCUGGUUCAAAACCCACACCGUAGGCUCUGAUGUCGUCGACUCCGCCGCUAACGCUGUUACGGGCGCCCAGCAGAUUGCGAGAGAUGCAAAGGGCUCCGUAGACAAAUCCCUAUCCUCAAAAAAACUUGGCCCAUCCGACUCCCAAAGAAGACUGGACUCACUUGAACACUCCAAGGGCGACUCCUGGUUCGGCACUGCCAAUUCCUCGCCCGACCACCUUCCUGCAGCUGCCAGAACUGCCAGAACCCUCGAGGGAUGGGGCGAAACUGCAACCCAGUUUGCCCAGGAAGAGCUCGAAGAAGAAAAAAAAAGGCGAACAGGUUUUGGAAAUCUUGAAAAAUCCCUAAAAGAGCGAGAACUACAUCCACCCACAAUAGAUAAUCAAACAAUCGAUCGCCUUUUGUCUGUCACCAGUCCCACUCCCUCCUCCCACUGCUAA